AGAUGAGUGAGACGUUUGGGUCACCAUCAGAAUGCAGAGUAGAGAUUUAGAGUUAAGAAGUUGUUGUGUGGACAAAUAUUUACACUAAGCAAUCCAGGAAGAAGUAGUGACUACUGUGGCUUUUCUGGUGGUUUGAUGAAGGAGAGAUAUUGAAGGCAGCUUAUGGGAAGACUAUCAGCCGAAUUCAACUUCAGUGGUGAGAUCUGCAUUAGGUGGUUACAUUUAACUUGAGUUAACCACAGGAUUUUUUAAGAAUGCUUUAGGCACACAGAGACUGUGCAGAGUAGAAUGAGUUGUUUUGCUUUAGAUAGUGGAAUCGGUAGACUGAAGAGCAGGUAGCUAGGCAUAACCAAGCACAGUCAGUCAGUGCUCUCUCCACCCAUCUCUGCUUGAAGAAGCAUCACAUGCGGACAGCCAUGAAAUUCAACCAGUGUGUACAACAGCAAGCUCCGGAGAACAGCGACAACAAAGUGUGGAAAUGGUGAGAAUAUUCUCUCUCGGCUAACAGGCUUUCUCAAUAGGAACAUGGUUUUACCAGUAAUGUUUGAUGAGUGAAGUACUAACCUACAUUGUCCUGUAGUGUUAGCAUAGUGAAAUGUGUGAAUGUGUUUUUUUCCUCCUUUUGCUUUUGGUUUGUCAUUAGGUGACAGUAAGGACCUGAAAUACUGGUAUACCUGUGUACGCUUGUAACGCCAAGGUAGUGGGUUCGAUCCCCGGGACCACCCAUACACAAAAAUGUAUGCACGCAUGACUGUAAGUCGCUUUGGAUAAAAGCGUCUGCUAAAUGGCAUAUUAUUAUUAUUAUUAUUACUAGUAUCAAUGGUAUCUACAGAUAGUAUCCAUCUGUAGAGUAUCUAUGGUCAUAUGGGCAUGGUUUUACUCUCAUUUGUAAACAGUGAAAUUUAAAAUGAGAAGUACUAUUCCUACAUUGCCAGCUGUAGGUUGAGGUUAUUAUCAGUGAGUAUGCUAUUUGUAACUAAAUGAGCCAUAGCACUGAUGAACACAGGCACAUUGUGACAUUGUCCAUAUUUGGUCUUUAAUGAAACAUGGAAGAGGGUUUUGCCAACCUGUUUAGCCAGACUUUCUCCAAUGGGAGAAGGGGCAGGGUGUGGGUGAGGGCUUGGCUGUUCUGAUAUUGGAUUAUAACACAGGCUAAUUGUGUGCUCACUGCUCACGUAUGUCACACAAACAAAUACAUGUUUUUACAAAGUACCUUUCUUAAAGCCCACCCAAUGUUACGUUUUGUAAAGAUGUUUUCUCAUGUAUCGAAACUGUUAUUUCGUUGCAUUUGUAGCCUAUUCCUGUGUAGAAUUGUAAUUUGUGCCUUUCGUGAAUAGAGGUACAGUCAGAGAAAGUCACGAGUUGGGUUGUGUCUUCGGUCUGUCAUGGUUUGACACAAGCCCCCACCUCACCCCACGAGCAAUAAUGACUGUGGUGCACUGCACAAACCCUCUCUGGCUAACACAGAGGACUCAGUUGUUGACAAUAAACAGAUACACAUUUAGAAAGGCAGAAACAACAUAUUGAAACCUUGAUUUAUAAUGAAAGAUGAUCCUCCAAGUACACAUACUGUACCUUACCACUAAUCUCAGCAACGAAGAAUCUCACGUAAACUACUCAAUUCCAUUAACAGUCCAUGAGAGAUUAAUAAUGACCAACAUCCUCAAGAUAUCGAUGGUUAUGCUGCCAGAUGGUAUAUUUGCGUACUACCGUACCCCAAAGGAGAUGAUGGGGAAUAUGAAAACGUUGUUUCUCUCCAAAGGAAUUAUUGAUCUGGCAACCCAAGUUGAUUUAAAGUCAAUAUUUUGCUUAUCAGGCAACCCAAGUUGACCUUAUGUCAGUGUUUUACAUACAGUAGUCCUAUUUCAAGGAUAUGGAAACCCAAGUUGAUGUUAUUUACAUUUUUGUCAUUUAGCAGACGCUCUUAUCCAGAGCGACUUACAGUAGUGAGUGCAUAAAUUGUUUUACUUUUUCGUACUGGUCCCCGUGGGAAUCGAAUCCACAACCAUGGCGUUGCAAGUGGCAUGCUCUACCAACUGAGCCACAUGGGAACUAUGUCUCUUUUACAGUGGCAGUCUUAUGGUACCGGAAGCCAAACAACAAUAGAGGAAGCAGUGUAGUGUGUAAUGUAGUAAGCUGGUGUUAUCAUGUGUGGUCCAUUUCUUGAAUUUGUACUGUUGUAUUACUGUUUUAACACAUUUUCUAUGUAAAACAAACCUCAAUUUCAACAGACAGAGUAUCUCAUCCUAAACAGUAUCUCAAAAUAACAAUUUUAUAUUGUACAAAAACUACAGACUACAGCCCAACUCUGGUUUGCCUCAAUUAGGCUACUUUGUAUGAAGGCCUAUAGAUUAGUUUUUGUUUUAAUCGACCAUUUGCGUUUCAAGUUAAGGUCAUGUGUAACCAGCUCAUAAAGUCAACAAGGACUGCUAAAGCCAAUCACAUGCAUUGUGUAAUGAUAAAUUACAAGUAGCCUUACUUUUAAUGAAUGAUGACAAAGUGCAAGUUUACCGCUUACGGUAUCUACCACAUACAGUAUCUGUAUGCUCUGUCAACAAACACUAUUCUUCAAACCCCUCGAAAAUUUACAUGACACUGGAAAUUAGGGCCGGACGAUACUAGUAGCGCGAUACUCGUUAGUAUCGUGCAAGGAAACAAUACACGAAGCAGAGUUAAUUUAUUUGGGAAAACAGCCGUAAUGUUGGGAACAAACAUAAUUAUGUUGACAUCUAGAGUCACAUUCAUUUAUUUUCUAAGCUAUAGCACACAAUUUUUUAUAUACAGCAGGUUUUUAAAGGACCAAAGAGUUUGGUCGGCUUCGUGUUUUCAUUUUUGCCAUGGAAAAAAUAUUGAUAUACUGGUAUCGUCACAGCCCUACUGGAAAUGUUAUACAAAUACAACAGUGGAAGUUGACAAGAAAAAUACGUCCUUAUUAUGACACCAAAGCGUUUCAACGUGUCGCCUUCAUCAGGGUAUUAUUCCUGCACCUUGGUUGGAAUGUCAGGUCACUGUGAUGCGUUUAUGUAAAUGUAUGGUCCCUGUCUUGACCCUGCUGCCAGUGUUACUAGACUAAGCCCCAGCCAAUAAUAGGAUAGGUGUUAAGCAGCUCUGCCUCUUAUCCAACUGGUCAAAACAAACAGUAUGAAGUAACACUGAGCCAACAACCACAAGAGCUCAAAACAUGGCUGCUGAGAGCUCACCAUGCCCAAACCAGAAAUGUUCAACAGCCGCAAAGUUUACAGGCUACAGUAGUGAGCAACCAUGAGAGAAUUACAACUAUAUGUUUAUUCACCUCAAAAUGUCAAGAAAGACUAUGACUUGUGUCAAACUACAGUUCUUAGCUGUAAGUUUACAAAUGGUGCUCCAUCAAAAUUGAAUAAUUUUGGAAAGCCCCAUUUAGUCAAGGAGUCAUACAUAGCUCUAUAUUACGGAACAACAGCUCUUUACUGCUGCAAUCCUUUUGAUCAAACGAUGAGUGAUUAAAAAGUACAGUUCAUUAUUACCCUUAGAAAAGGUAUUGAUUACCUGUGGUCUUUCUUUCUCACCACCCAGGCACAUACAGGACCCAGCCAGCCAGAGACUGACGUGGAACAAGCCUCCCAAAAGUGUCCUUGUCAUCAAGAAGAUCCAGGAUGCCAGUCUACUGCAGCCUUUCAAAGAGCUCUGUGUGUUUCUCACAGAAGUAGGACAUUUGUACUUUUUGCAGUGACCUACAGUGUGCAGAGGCUCUCUAGUCUCAAAUUAUAGCUACCUGCACCUUAGCGGCCUUGACGGGUGUGUGUAGUUCAGUUUCAGUAGAAAGUCUGCCAUUAAGUCCCUAAAAACAGAAAUAUUAGUGACUGAGAAUAUAUACACUGCUCAAAAUAAUAAAGGGAACACUUAAACAACACAAUGUAACUCCAAGUCAAUCACACUUCUGUGAAAUCAAACUGUCCACUUAGGAAGCAACACUGAUUGACAAUAAAUUUCACAUGCUGUUGUGCAAAUGGAAUAGACAACAGGUGGAAAGUAUAGGCAAUUAGCAAGACACCCCCAAUAAAGCACUGGUUCUGCAGGUGGUGACCACAGACCACUUCUCAGUUCCUAUGCUUCCUGGCUGAUGUUUUGGUCACUUUUGAAUGCUGGCAGUGCUUUCACUCAAGUGGUAGCAUGAAACGGAGUCUACAACCCACACAAUUGGCUCAGGUAGUGCAGCUCAUCCAGGAUGGCACAUCAAUGCGAGCUGUGGCAAGAAGGUUUGCUGUGUCUGUCAACGUAGUGUCCAGAGCAUGGAGGCGCUACCAGGAGACAGGCCAGUACAUCAGGAGACGUGGAGGAGGCCGUAGGAGGGCAACAACCCAGCAGCAGGACCGCUACCUCCGCCUUUGUGCAAGGAGGAGCAGGAGGAGCACUGCCAGAGCCCUGUAAAAUGACCUCCAGCAGGCCACAAAUGUGCAUGUGUCUGCUCAAACGGUCAGAAACUCCAUGAGGGUGGUAUGAGGGCCUGACGUCCACAGGUGGGGGUUGUGCUUACAGCCCAACACCGUUCAGGACGUUUGGCAUUUGCCAGAGAACACCAAGAUUAGCAAAUUCGCCACUGGCGCCCUGUGCUUUUCACAGAUGAAAGCAGGUUCACACUGAGCACGUGACAGACGUGACAGAGUCUGGAGACGCCGUGGAGAACGCUCUGCUGCCUGCAACAUCCUCCAGCAUGACCGGUUUGGCGGUGGGUCAGUCAUGGUGUGGGGUGGCAUUUCUUUGUGGGGCCGCACAGCCCUCCAUGUGCUCGCCAGAGGUAGCCUGACUGUCAUUAAGUACCGAGAUGAGAUCCUCAGACUCCUUGUGAGACCAUAUGCUUGUGCGGUUGGCCCUGGAUUCCUCCUAAUGCAAGACAAUGCUAGACCUCAUGUGGCUGGAGUGUGUCAGCAGUUCCUGCAAGAGGAAGGCAUUGAUGCUAUGGACUGGCCUGCCCGUUCCCCAGACCUGAAUCCAAUUGAGCACAUCUGGGACAUCAUGUCUCGCUCCAUCCACCUAGCCAUGUUGCACCACAGACUGUCCAGGAGUUGGCGGAUGCUUUAGUCCAGGUCUGGGAGGAGAUCCCUCAGGAGACCAUCCGCCACCUCAUCAGGAGCAUGCCCAGCCAUUGUAGGGAGGUCAUACAGGCACGUGGAGGCCACACACACUACUGAGCCUCAUUUUGACUUGUUUUAAGGACAUUACAUCAAAGUUGGAUCAGCCUGUAGUGUGGUUUUCCACUUUAAUUUUGAGUGUGACUCCAAAUCCAGACCUCCAUGGGUUGAUACAUUUGAUUUCCAUUGAUAAUUUUUGUGUGAUUUUGUUGUCAGCACAUUCAACUAUGUAAAGAAAAAAGUAUUUAAUAAGAUUAUUUCAUUCAUUCAGAUCUAGGAUGUUAUUUUAGUGUUCCCUUAAUUUUUUUGAGCAGUGUAUUACAAAAAUACAUUUUUGUACACUUUUAUACCUCACUAGAAAGUAAAGCUGCUUGUAAACUGUACAGUCUGAAUAUUCUUUCGACCAAUUAGUCUUCUAAAGGGUAAUAUGAAAGCAUUACCAGGGUUCGCACAAGGUGCUUGAGGUGCUUAAAGUACUUGAAUUUGGCACUCUGAUAUUCAAAUACUGGAAUGCCUUGAAAAUCUGACAUUUUCUCAAGUUGGUACUUGAAAAGUACUUGAAUUAAAAUGAGGAGGACAGAAAAUUAUCAAAUAUGUUCAUAUGAAAAAUAUUAGAAAACUGUAUUGGUCUUGCAAAUUAAUUUCCAGGCAGACUACCAAGUUUUAUUUCCUCACGUGUUUUGCGCUCUGGUUGCCAGGCGAGCUCGCUCAUUCCAUCCACACUGCCACUCAGCCAGGCAGGUACAGACUGACUGAUUAGGCGCCGCCAAACGUCACAUCGAUAGAUAAAAUGCCGGGCAAAUGUAGAUUUAAUUCAGCCUGGCAGGAUAUUGAUUUUUUUGAAUGGGUUUUGCCAAACCCAUCAAGGGAUGUAGUGGAGGGUAAACGCUGUUUACGCACUGUUUUAUUUGUGAAAUAGCGUUUACUCACCUUUUUUAUUUGGUUAAUUAUCAUUUACCCACUUAUUAUUGCGUUCCCAGCGUUGAUCAACACUCAGAAGGCUUCUUGAUCUCAGUUCUAAUCACGCAUGCCUCUGCGAACGAGUGGAAUCAUGAGUGAUUCAUGUAUGCUCGUUAUGUCCUCCUGCUCCAUACACCACUCUGUCCAAUGGGAAACUCCGCCCCACGACAUAGGCAGAGAGGUGAAACGAACUACCUCAGCCAGACCUACAGUGGCAAGUAGCAGAGGGACGCCGCUGACAGUGAGAAUUCUUUUAACAUCCUUCGACUCCUGCCGUGUCAACAGACAUACCCCAAACAACCCCCCCUGACUCUCGGAGAAUGAGUGUACAACUGGUAAAUAGUCGCUGAUAUUUCAGUCAGAAGUCUAGCUAGCUAGGUAGAUAAAGGGCUCUAGCUAUUAGCCAGGUACUGUAGCUAGCUAUAACUAGCUGGCUAGAAGGAUGACGUUAGUAGUACAGUGGUUCCCAAACUUGGGGUCUGGGACCCAUGUGAGGUCCCCUACAAUUUAAAUAAGGUCCCCUGGGAGAGUCUUUAAUCUUAUCAAACACAUUAAGAACUUGUUUCUCUUCAAAUGGGUAUAGAAUACAACAUUUUAGAGUCAACUAAGGGCCUUUUACACUGUCAGAAUUCACUUUCAUGUCAUUAUGUGUUGGGACAGCCUGUGGGAUCAAACAUUUUGUGAAAUAUAAAGACAAUUUAAUAUUUUGUACACUGAACAAAAAUAUAAACACAAAAUACAACAAUUUCAAUGACUUUACUGAGUUACAGUUCAUAUAAGGAAAUCAGUCAACAUCAUCAGUCCUGACUUACCAAUCAUGUAUGUAGUAAAUAAGUAGUGAAACACGUAUUAUUGAGUAGAACUUGUAAGGUAGCUUAGUGGGUAAGAGCGUUAUGCCAGUAACCGAAAGGUCGCUGGUUCUAAUCCCCGAGCCGACUAGGUGAAAAAUCUGUUGAUGUACCCUUAAGCAAGGCACUUAAACCUAAUUGCUCAUGUAAGUCGCUCUGGAUAAGUGUCUGCGAAAUGACUAAAAUGUAAUGAAUAGUACGUUUUUUUUUUUUUUAUGAGGUUGUGGUGAUAUACUGCCAUCUGGUGGCGACUAGAAACAAUUGCAUAAUAGGAACUAUUACAAAUUGAUGGUCCUUGAAAAUAAAUAUUAGUGCUUGAAAAUGUACUUGAAAGUCCUUGAAUUUGACUUGCAACUGUCUGGACAAACCCUGCAUUACAUGUGCAUGUUGCUAAUACGUAUGUUUAUACUUGUGCAUUGUUCUACCAGAAAAACAUGAUUGUUUACGUGGAGAGGAAGGUUCUGGCGGACCCAGCCAUCGCGGCCGAUGAGAGCUUUGCGGCCGUCAUCCAGAAGUUCUGCACCUUCAGAGAAGGUGAGGAGACCACGAACCGUCAUCAGAGGACUGGGUCGUAUUCAUUAAUGCACAAAGUAACCUUUUUUUUGCAACAGAAAACGAAAAUGCAUUAUCUUAUGGGAGAAGUUUAGGUAGUCCCUCCCUUUUUUGGCAUUUUUCUUCCAUUUGGUGCCUUGUGAAUACGAUGCUGAAGGAUGAUAGAUUAAUCUGUAUGACUCUAUGUAGCUAGUGAUGUACAGAUGUAGGAUCUUAAUUUGAGCCAGUAUGCUACAGCAGGAAAAUUAUCCUGCAGCAACAGGAAAUGUGAAUUAUUAUGUAGAUUAUAAAUAAUUUACAAUUUUGUAGGGGUUGACAAAUGUUUUGUUAGGGCAAAUCGAGUCAAAUUUCAAAUACAGAUUUUAGAAGAUUUUUUAAAACUCAAAUGCACUACAAGUUUGCAUUUCCUGCUUUGCAGGAAAAUUCUCAGCAACAAAAGUGAUCAAAUUAAGAUCCUACAUCUGUAGUGUCAAUGUCAGGAUUGUCUAUGAAUGUCUAUGAAACUCUCACUUGAAGUAGUAUAGCGUUCUCUUACCAACAUUAACCUAAUGUGUUUGGAUGCACACCACAGAUCUCGAUGACAUCUCCAAUCGAGUGGACUUCAUCAUCUGUCUUGGUGGAGAUGGGACCUUACUUUACGCGUCGUCACUCUUCCAGGUAUGCAUUUACUAUUCACUUUUCCUAGUAUAGUAAACAUACUCAUUUGUCAGUUUUUGAAUAUACUGUGAAUUGUAGUAAAAUAAAUAUUGAAUGCGCUUGUUUCCAUAGCUUGCUUGUGUGUAUGUGCUGAUGUGUGUUGUGUUUUCAGAAGAGUGUUCCACCUGUUAUGGCCUUCCACCUGGGUUCUCUGGGCUUCCUCACGCCUUUCAACUUUGACACGUACCAGUCUCAGGUCACCCAAAUCAUUGAGGGUACGUCUUUAGGCUUGGCCUUACCGAAUUUCAACAACAGGAGCCUUACUCUCUUAUCUGUAUGCCGGUGGCUGUUUACACGGCACAAGUUGUGCUUCAGUUAACAUUUCUAGCUGCUAGGUUUACAUUUACGUUUUACAUUUUACAUGCUACUUUUAGUUAAACAAAAGUUUGUGUGUUUGUCUGUCUGUCUGUCCGUCUGUCUGUCUGCUGAGCAGGCAACACCGCUAUCAUCCUGCGCAGUCGCCUGCGGGUGCGAGUGGUGAAGGAGAGCCGAGAGAAGAAGGCCCGGGUGGACGAGAAGGGCAUCAUCAUGACCAACGGAGACAGUGAGGGCAGCCGCAAAGCCAUGCAGUACCAGGUGAGCUCUACACAGUACACCUGACUGGUAUGUCACCCCAGUAUUAUGGUUAGUACCACAAUAGGUUCCUAGCAUCAUGAUAACGUGGCACAUCUCAGUCAAAGGACUCAUGCUUGUUGUCUUUACUCUGUGGUCACUGGGUGUUCACCUAUUGUUGCGACAUGUGUUAAACAAAUAUGCAGUCAUUGGGUGCGUAGAAAGGAGGCUACAUGUAGCAGACAAAAGGCGUUUAUUCUGGUGCACAAAAUCAAAUACUAAGGAACUCAAGGUUUUGCUCGCCUGAGGUAGAGUAUCUUAUGAUAAGCUGUAGACCACACUAUUUACCAAGAGAGUUUUCAUCUAUAUUUUUCAUAGCUGUCUAUUUACCACCACAAACCAAUGCUGGCAUUAAGAUUGCACUGAAUGAGUUGUACAAGGCCAUAAAUCAACAGGAAAACGCUCAUCCAGAUGCAGCGCUCCUAGUGGCCGGGGACUUUAAUGCAGGGAAACUUAAAUCCGUUCUACCUAAUUUCUACCAGCAUGUUAAAUGUGCAACCAGAGGAAAAAAAACUCUAGACCACCUUUACUCCACACACAGAGACGAAUACAAAGCUCUCCCUCGCCCUCCAUUUGGCAAAUCUGACCAUAACUCUAUCCUCCUGAUUCCUGCUUAUAAGCAAAAACUAAAGCAGGAAGCACCAGUGACUCGGUUAAUAAAAAAGUGGUCAGAUGACGCAGAUGCUAAGCUACAGGACUGUUUUGCUAGCACAGACUGGAACAUGUUCCGGGAUUCUUCAGACAGCAUUGAGGAGUACACCACAUCAGUCACUGGCUUCAUCAAUAAGUGCAUCGAUGAUGUCAUCCCCACAGUGACCGUACGUACAUACCCCAACCAGAAGCCAUGGAUUACAGGAAACAUCCGCACUGAGCUAAAGGGUAGAGCUGCCGCUUUCAAGGAACGGGACUCUAACCCGGACGCUUAUAAGAAAUCCCGCUAUGACCUCCGACGAACCAUCAAACAGGCAGAGUCAAUACAGGACUAAGAUUGAAUCGUACUACACUGGCUCUGACGCUCGUCGGAUGUGGCAGGGCUUGAAAACUAUUACAGACUACAAAGGGAAGCACAGCCGCGAGCUGCCCAGUGACACAAGCCUACCAGACGAGCUUAACCACUUCUAUGCUCGCUUCGAGGCAAGCAACACUGAAGCAUGCAUGAGAGCACCAGCUGUUCCGGAUGACUAUGUGAUCACGCUCUCCGUAGCCGAUGUAAGACUUUUAAGCAGGUCAACAUUCACAAGGCCGCAGGGCCAGACGGAUUACCAGGACGUGUACUCCGAGCAUGUGCUGACCAACUGGCAAGUGUCUUCACUGACAUUUUCAACAUGUCCCUGACUGAGUCUGUAAUACCAACAUGUUUCAAGCAGACCACCAUAGUCCCCGUGCCCAAGGACUCUAAGAUAACCUGCCUAAAUGACUACCGACCCGUAGCACUGACGUCUGUAGCCAUGAAGUGCUUUGAAAGGCUGGUCAUGGCUCACAUCAACAGCAUUAUCCCAGAAACCCUAGACCCACUCCAAUUUGCAUACCGCCCCAACAGAUCCACAGAUGAUGCAAUCUCUAUUGCACUCCACACUGCCCUUUCCCACCUGGACAAGAGGAACACCUACGUGAGAAUGCUAUUCAUUGACUACAGCUCAGCAUUCAACACCAUAGUGCCCUCUAAGCUCAUCACUAAGCUAAGGAUCCUGGGACUAAACACCUCCCUCUGCAACUGGAUCCUGGACUUCCUGACGGGCCGCCCCCAGGUGGUAAGGGUAGGUAACAACACAUCUGCCACACUGAUCCUCAACACGGGGGCCCCUCAGGGGUGCGUGCUCAGUUCCCUCCUGUACUCUCUGUUCACCCAUGACUGCAUGGCCAGGCACGACUCCAACACCAUCAUUAAGUUUGCCGACGACACAACAGUGGUAGGCCUGAUCACCGACAACGAUGAGACAGCCUAUAGGGAGGAGGUCAGAGACUUGGCUGUGUGGUGCCAGGACAACAACCUCUCCCUCAACGUGACCAAGACAAAGGAGAUGAUUGUGGACUACAGGAAAAAAAAGAGGACUGAGCACGCCCCCAUUCUCAUCGACGGGGCUGUAGUGGAACAGGUUGAGAGCUUCAAGUUCCUUGGUGUCCACAUCACCAACGAACUAUCAUGGUCCAAACACACCAAGACAGUCGUGAAGAGGGCACGACAAAGCCUAUUCCCCCUCAGGAGACUGAAAAGAUUUGUCAUGGGUCCUCAGAUCCUCAAAAAAUUCUACAGCUGCACCAUCGAGAGCAUCCUGACUGGUUGCAUCACCGCCUGGUAUGGCAACUGCUUGGCCUCCGACCGCAAGGCACUACAGAGGGUAGUGCGUACGGCCCAGUACAUCACUGGGGCAAAGCUUCCUGCCAUCCAGGACCUCUAUACCAGGCGGUGUCAGAGGAAGGCCCUCAAAAUUGUCAAAGACUCCAGCCACCCUAGUUAUAGACUGUUCUCUCUGCUACCGCACGGCAAGCGGUACCGGAGUGCCAAGUCUAGGUCCAAAAUACUUCUCAACAGCUUCUACCCCCAAGCCAUAAGACUCCUGAACAGCUAAUCAUGGCUACCCGGACUAUUUGCACUGCCCCCCCCACCCCAUCCUUUUUACGCUGCUGCUACUCUGUUAAUUAUUUAUGCAUAGUCACUUUAACUCUACCCACAUGUACAUAUUACCUCAACUACCUCAACUAGCCGGUGCCCCCGCACAUUGACUCUGCAACGGUACCCCCCUGUAUAUAUAGCCUCCCUACUGUCACUUUAUUUUACUUCUGCUCUUUUUUUUCUCAACACUUAUUUUUGUUGUUGUUUUAUUUUUAAAAAUAAAUGCACUGUUGGUUAAGGGCUGUAAGUAAGCAUUUCACUGUAAUGUCUGCACCUGUUGUAUUCGGCGCAUGUGACCAAUAAAAUUUGAUUUGAUUUAAUUUGACCACAGAAACCUACGGCAUGAUAAAAUACCAGGAAUGUCGAAAUGUACAACCUGUUCUGGGGUUUGUAAGGUGGCAGCAAUCCUUCAGGUCUAGUUUCACUUCCUCCUUAUUUUUUUGAGGUAGUCUGUCACAUGGACUUGUUUCCCUGCUUUUCUGUAGUUCUAGCAAUGCACCCUAUGUGCUUCCAUUUUGUCCUGGUGCUAUCAUGUAUCAUAGGGUUGAUGUACGUGGGCUACAUGGGGUGUUUGAGUUGUGAUCGUAGUUCAAAUCAAAUUUUAUUUGUCACAUGCGCCGAAUACAACAUAUGUAGACCUUACAGUGAAAUGCUUACUUACAAGCCCUUAACAAACAAUGCAGUUUUAAGAAAAAUAAGUGUUAGGUAAAAAAUAGAUGAGUAAAAAAGAAAAAUAACAAAUAAUUAAAGAGCAGCAGUAAAAUAACAGUAGCGAGGCUAUAUACAGGGGGUACCGGUACAGAGUCAAUGUGCGGGGUCACAGGUUAAUUGAGGUAAUAUGUACAUGUAGGUAGAGUUAAAGUGACUAUGCAUAGAUAAUAAACAGAGAGUAGCAGCAGCGUAAAAGAGGGGGUGGGGUGGACAAUGCAAAUAGUCCGGGUAGCCAUGAUUAGCUGUUCAGGAGUCUUAUGUCUUGGGGGUAGAAGCUGUUAAGAAGCCUUUUUGACCUAGACAUGGCACUCCGGUACCACUUGCCGUGCGGUAGCAGAGAGAACAGUCUAUGACUAGGGUGGCUGGAGUCUUUGACAAUUGUUAGGGCCUUCCUCUGACACCGCCUGGUAUAGAGGUCCUGGAUGGCAGGAAGCUUGGCCCAUACGCUCUGUAGUGCCUUGCGGUCAGAGGCCGAGCAGUUGCCAUACCAGGCAGUGAUGCAACCAGUCAGGAUGCUCUCGAUGGUGCAGCUGUAUAACGUUUUGAGGAUCUGAGGACCCAUACCAAAUAUUUCCAGUCUCCUGAGGGGGAAUUGGCUUUGUCGUGCCCUUUUCACGACUGUCUUGGUGUGUUUGGCCCAUGAUAGUUUGUUGGUGAUGUGGACACCAAGGAACUUGAAGCUCUCAACCUGCUCCACUACAGCCCCGUAGAUGAGAAUGGGGGCAUGCUCGGUCCUCUUCUUUUUCCUGUAGUCCACAAUCAUCUCCUUUGUCUUGAUCACAUUGAGGGAGAUGUUGUUAUCCUGGCACCACGCGGCCAGUUCUCUGACCUCCUCCCUAUAGGCUGUCUCAUCGUUGUCGGUAAUCAGGCCUACCACUGUUGUGUCGUCAGCAAACUUAAUGAUGGUGUUGGAGUCGUGCCUGGCCAUGCAGUCAUGGGUGAACAGGGAGUUCAGGAGUGGACUUAGCACGCACCCCUGAGGGGCCCCAGGGUUGAGGAUUAGCGUGGCAGAUGUGUUGUUACCUACCCUUACCACCUGGGGGCGGCCCGUCAGGAAGUCCAGGAUCCAGUUGCAGAGGGAGGCGUUUAGUCCCAGGGUUCUGCAUUGUCAUCAUACACACAGUCCCUACUCCCUACUGAGUGGGCUUUGAUAAGUCAUAACAUAGGGCUGGGUUCAAAAAGUAUUCCCAAAGUAACUAACAACAUGGCUAGUGGAGUAUCUCUGGUUAACAUGACUCUGGGUGUCCUGGUCCAACAGGUGCUGAAUGAGGUGGUGGUGGACCGAGGCCCGUCCUCCUACCUUUCCAACGUGGACCUCUUCUUAGACGGACACCUCAUCACCACGGUACAGGGAGACGGUGAGUAGUAAACCCCUCAACCUGCUGCUACUGGGUUAAAGGACAUGUUUUACCCCAUCUGUAUUAACUGCCUCACUUUUAUUCCCCACUUUACUUAGAAAUUUCACUCAAAUAAUACAGGGUUUCGUUGUUAAUGCAGCUAGCUCUGAUUUCAAGUUGUACCAGGGUUUAGAUGCUGUAACUGGUCGUUAUACUUUGAUGUUUAUGCAACUGCUUACUGCUUGUGUACAAGCCCAGAGGGAGAAAUAUUUUGAAGUACAAACAUGGUGCUGAUGGUCUAUUAAUGGUGCAUACUGUUGCAGCUUGCCUUGUUGGUAGAUUUGGCUGAGAGGGCAAAGUUUAGUCUUUGCUUUGCUAUCUGUCCUUCACUACUUCCUAGUAACUCCCUUUCUGGAAGCCUCUCAGGGUCUUUCUGAAUGUCAGAGGUAUUUUCGUUGUCUUGGGGACGGUUUACUGUGUUUUGGAACUUCUUUCAGCUCGUUGUUGGUGUUUUUAGGCUUGAGUGUUGGUGGUGGUGUGGUCAAAGUAGUGUCUGUCUCAGACUGUCUGUGUGUUUGUGUUGUCUCAGGUGUGAUAGUGUCGACUCCCACAGGCAGCACUGCGUACGCAGUGGCAGCCGGAGCCUCCAUGAUCCACCCCAACGUGCCGGCCAUCAUGAUCACCCCCAUCUGCCCCCACUCACUGUCCUUCAGACCCAUAGUGGUGCCUGCUGGGGUGGAACUCAAGGUAAACACAAACACACACACACAAAUGCACAUUCAUACACACACAUGCGUUCAGCAUACUGUCAUUAUCCAUUUACUGCUCCUCUCCAGAAAAUGUGUAUUGAACAGCACACAAGCAAUUACCAGGUAACCAAUGACCAGUCUGACACACAGCUAGCACAAUGCGUACCCUUUCAGUCACUGGUGAUGUAUGGGAAUGAGGACAUUGCUUGUAAUACACACACUUUCAAAUGUUCUGCUAGACUUUUGUUGUCUUUGACUGGUCGUUCAUCUGGAUUCCUAUCUUCUGCUCCAUCUGUCACGCUCAGAUCAUGCUGUCACGUGACGCCAGGAAUACGGCCUGGGUGUCAUUCGAUGGGAGGAAGAGACAAGAGAUCUGCCAUGGAGACAGGUGGGCAACCUUUUCACCCCUCAGAGUCACCGAAACCUCCCUCUAUUGAAAAUACCACCAAACGUCAAACAAAAGCUGAUAAACAUGGAAGAUAGCCUGACGAACUCAACCCAAAAUGCAUCUAACUACCGCAAGGAGCCUGAAUACACAGACAGAACCAGUUAUAUCAUUAUAUUGACCCGUUUCAUGAACUCGAGACAAAAAUGUCACGUCACAUAAUGUUCCGUACUGGUUUUCCUUUAUGCAACCAGAGAUAAUUAUCUUCCUUGUCGCUGAAAUGCUAGCAGCCCAUUGAUAUACCAGUAACAGAUGACUCAGAGGACUCCUUUAAGGAAGUUAGUCUGCCAGUUUCAAGUGUCUCUUUCAGCAUUGUUUGGGUGAUUGCGAAUACCUGACAUGCCUCCCACUCAUACCUGACUGACUAUGAUGUUUGCUCUUUCUCUCUCUUUGGUCUUUUUCUUUCUCACUCUUUUGUCUUUUUAUCUCCAGCAUUACCAUCACUACUUCCUGCUUCCCCGUUCCCUCCAUCUGUUUCCGGGAUCCUGUGAACGACUGGUUUGAGAGCCUGGCCCAAUGUUUACACUGGAACGUGAGAAAGAAGCAGAACUACCUUAGCUCCGAGGAGGACGAGUUCUGACGCCAACAAUCUCGCCUCCCGGUGACGCCAU